GUGUGUAGUGGCCUUAACGAUAAGAGUUAAAAGCGAUCGAGUAGCCAAAAGGAAAGUACUCACGGUCUGAGUCGGGAUGUGAACCGGAGUCCGCCCGCUACACUCUGGGGAUCGUAUCACGCGUUAUAGCAUUAGCGAACUUCAUUCAAAUACAGGGACUAGUGUUCCUCAUACUGUUGUUCGCGAUAGUUUACGUUUUAGUACAGUUCUUUUAGUCUUCACUCACCGCGCAACCAUGGAGGAACUCGACAAAGAACAAAUUAACAUUCUCAAGAAAGCCUUCGAAGCUUUCGACCAUGAAAAGAAAGGAUGUAUAGGUACGGUGAUGGUCGGUACGAUCCUCGGUAUGUUGGGCCACACCAUCACAGAUGAUAUGCUCAAGGAGAUCAUCGAUGAAGUCGAUGUUGAUGGGUCUGGUGAGUUAGAAUUUGAAGAGUUCGUGACAUUGGCCUCCAGGUUCAUGGUAGAGGAAGAUGCUGAGGCCAUGCAGCAGGAACUCAAAGAAGCAUUCCGGUUAUAUGACAAAGAAGGUAACGGCUACAUCACCACCACAGUGCUGCGAGAGAUUUUGCGAGAACUCGACGAUAAAAUCAGUGCCGAAGAGCUGGACAUGAUGAUUGAGGAAAUUGACUCUGACGGUUCGGGAACUGUUGAUUUUGAUGAAUUCAUGGAAGUAAUGACUGGUGGUGAUGAUGAGAGAUAAGCUUUCAACAAUUAAUUUAGGCAAUAAUCGAUAUUUAUGUUACCAAUAUGAUUGCAUACCUCAAUUUGAGAUAAAUAAAUAUCUUUAACAACAUCA